AUGGCCCCUCCACCGCCCGCCUCUAUGCCUCUGGGCCAGCGCCUUGCUGCCCUCGCCCAGACUCUGCAGUUCGCUUGGUUCGCCGGACACGUUACGCUGCUGCUCGCUACCCUGCGAUACAGCUUGUCGUACAUCACCUUCAACUACUACUCGCGAUGGGCGUCCUUCUCCUACCGCACCGCCUUCCUGUCGGCAUGCGUCACAUACGGCAUUGUCGUCUACAAGGCCUACCGCGCCCGCAUGAGGGCAGGCAAGCAGGGUGGUGUCGUCGCUCUCGCUACCGAUGAGAACGUCCAAUACUUGAUCAUGGGCCUUGUGUGGCUCUUCUCCCGCCAGAUCCCCCUUGCCAUACUCCCCUUCUCCGUAUACUCCGUCUUCCACGUCGCUACCUACGUGCGCUCCAACCUUCUGCCCACCAUCCAGCCCCCACCUGCGGCUGCGGCCGGCGCCAAGCCGCAAGGCUCCGCUGCCUCCGAGGCUAUUGGCAAGUUCGUCAAGGAGUACUACGAUGGCUCCAUGACUCUUGUCGCCCUGCUCGAGAUCUUCCUGUGGUUCCGCGUCCUCGGCUCUGCCAUGCUCUUCCAGAAGGGCUCCUGGAUCCUCCUCGCUGUCUACACCGUCUUCUUCCGCGCUCGCGUUGCGCAGAGCAGCUUCGUCCAGGAGGCCAUCAACCAGCUCACUGCCCGCAUUGACGCUCAGCUUGCCAACCAGAGCACUCCUCCCGCUGCUAAGCAGGGCUGGGGAACCUUUAAGAACAUUGUUCGCCAGGCUGCUGAUGCCACCGACAUCCGCAGGUACGUUGGUGGUCAGCCCGGCGCUGCCCCCAAGAAGGCCCAGUAA